ACAACUUAUUGCACGCGCCAACAACCUAGUAGAUACUUUUAAGUAUUUUAGAGGUUGUAUUGUUUUAUACAGGACAAUUUAUAAACUAAGUUGUCCGCUUACUCGAUCGAAGUUCGAAUUUAUCGAAGUCGAGAGCAACGUUUUUAAAUUCCGCGCGUUUUUUUUUAAUUUGGCGGUAUUUAGUUGUGUUGCUAGAGUUGGUGAUUUUAUUGUGACUUGCAAUCUAAGGAAUAAACGAAGAUGUUCCACGGAGGCAUUUUAAGCAAGUUGAAAAACUUCUACAAGUGGUAUGUGCUGGGUUUGGUGUCCGUGGGAUACAUUCUUGGAGAACUGGGACAUUAUCUUAUUGGCACCACAUCGAAGGUAACAGCGGAGGAUCUUCAUUACGGAGACAAAGCGUGUAUGCUGAAUGCGACCCAUCUACAUCUCAGUCAGCUGCCUGUCGUUUGCGAGAAAGUUAACUCCAGUGAUAUCUGCGAGUCCCUUACGCUCAACGGUACAAGAUACUGCGAAUGGGGCUACAAUGGUCUCGGGAUCGACUAUCAAGUCCUCGCAGGGCCUGCCUUUAUGGCGGUGUUUACCGUCGUUGGAGUCAUUUUGGGCAUAGCGGCAGAUAAAUACAACAGAGCUCGAAUUCUCAGUAUAUGCACAUUGAUAUUCGUAGUAGCGAUCCUCUUGAUGGGAACCGUGACAGAGUACUGGCAUCUAGUGAUUCUCCGGAUGGUUAUGGCUGCAGGCGAGUCCGGGUGCAAUCCGCUAGCUACAGGAAUUCUCACAGACCUCUUUCCGGAGCAUCAGAGGGCGUUGGUGUUGUCAAUCUUCAACUGGGGAAUAUAUGGAGGCUAUGGAAUUGCUUUCCCUGUUGGACGGUAUAUUCCGGAAUUAAAUGCUUGGGGACUGAGCUGGCGUCUUUGCUACUAUGCAGCCGGUAUAGUCGGAAUCGUGAUCGCCGUAUUGACAUUCCUGACUCUCCGGGAGCCAGCCAGAAUUACCAUCGGAGAAGAAGGCGCUGGCAACACCAAAGGUGGAGAUUCAACCUUGGAAUCUGGCAAGAAAAUGCCUCAAGUAACCAUCUGGCACGUGAUCGCGCAGCCCAGGAUUAUACUGUUAUGCAUUGCUGCCUCAAUGAGACAUUGUGGUGGUAUGUGCUUCGCGUACAACGCUGACUUGUACUACCGUGACUACUUCCCCGAUGUUGAUCUGGGCUGGUGGUUGUUCGCUGUGACCGUCGGUAUCGGCUCUGUAGGGGUGGUCGUUGGAGGUGUUAUUUCAGAUAAAAUCGUGGCAAAGAUGGGUAUCAGGUCGAGAGUACUAGUCCUCGCUUUAUCGCAGCUGAUUUCCACCUUACCUGCUUUCGGUUCAGUCAUCUUUGGACCACUGUGGGCCAUGAUAACACUCGCUUUUUCAUACUUCUUCGCUGAGAUGUGGUUCGGAAUAGUAUUCGCCAUCCUAGUAGAAAUAGUGCCAUUAUCCGUCCGUUCGACCACGGUUGGAGUGUUCCUCUUCGUGAUGAACAACGUCGGUGGAAACUUGCCCAUCCUAGUGGACCCUGUCUCUAAGGCUAUCGGCUAUAGAGAAGCCAUCAUGAUCUUUUACGCUGGCUUCUAUGGGAUCAGUAGCAUCUUGUUCUUCCUCACUAUGUUCCUAAUGGACGGUCCAGUGGAGAAGCAACCAGAGACAACCGAUAAGCCCAGUGGUCUGGACAACCGCGCCUUUACACAGGAUGAACUCCCCGUCAGGAACGGAAGGGCUAAUGAUAACAGCAGACUAUAGGAAACCAGUAUUGAGGAAGUAGACUAUGGACCAAAGUGAAUGAUAAAAGCAUCGAGCUUUAUUAUCAAAGGAGACGUGGAAAUAAUGAAUAAUUAUAAUGGCUUUUCUAUGGCUUGCGCAUAUAAAUAGCUUUAAACAUACAUGCCCUUGUCUUUUUAAUAGAAUGUCAUGCGCCAUUUUAUAAUUCGUUAAUUUAAAAUUUCGAAUACUUAAUUUGAAUCUCCCACGCUGUUUAAUCAUGACAACCUACAUACUAUAAUUAAAUUAUACUUACUUACCUAAUUUAUUUUAAUGAGCAUAUGUGGACGUAAUAAAUAUAUUUUUUAAAGUACAUUCCUAUGCACAUUCCCGUGAGAAUUGGCGUAGCGUGAGGCAUAAGCCUCAGUUAUGGCACGCGUUGCUAUGUCAGAAUUCGCUGCCCGUGACUUUCAUAGCUUGUAAACGACGGAGUCAGCACAGCACACAAAUAUUGUGUGCCCGUCAACACAACACAACACAAUCUCUGAGAUAUUUUUUAAAAUUCCGUUACUUAAUACGGCUUAGUAGAGUACGGUUUCGCAAGUACCAUGCAUGCAUUAGUAUAUGGAGUAGUGCCUACAAUGUUUGAUAACUUACGGAGGUCGCAUGCAUUGGCUGGACGGACUUUUGUUUUCCGAAAUGUCAUCCCCUGAAACCUGCGGCGGGAACAUGUUCCCUACAUCCGGCUUCAUCCGGUUACAUAACCAAUAUCAAUUAAGUAUAACUAAAAAUAAUCUGUUAUAUAAAAUAAAUAAUCAGCUUUAAAAUCCGUCAAUCAUAACUAUAUAAUCUGGAAAAUCCCCAAAGCAACAACAAAUAUUAACGUUGGAAAACGUUGUAAAACAAAAACAGCACUUCCAUUUAUUAUAACUACUAAUCGGUAAUUAGUAGGUAAUCAUUUACUUAUAUGUAGUUAGUAAUGAUUUACUUAUGUGUGUACCUACUUAAAGAAAAACCAGGAAGGAUUUUUUGCUUGCGCGUUAAAAAGUUUUAAACGGCGCUUUGAUAUCUGUCAGUUUUUAGUAUACAGAUGCGAGAAUUGCAUUAAGAUCAGAAUGCAUUAAGACAAGUUCCUGAAUUGUUCUAUUUGUUUUGUUAGUUAAGUAGAAAAAAUAAAGGAGCGAAUUUUAAAUCUCAACAGUUUAUUUAUGAUUCAAUAAUUUUUCAUAUUUUACUCGGAAUACCUGCCCAACACUAAUA